CUGCCACCGAAGCGCAAAACCAUUUGUACUGGUAAAGUUGGUUCAGGAUCAGUUCUUCUCUUACUUGGGAGGAACUUACAUGCCUUUCCUCUUCUGCCAUAUGAGUUAUCUGAAGUUCCAAUCUUCACCUCUCCAUAUAUCCCUAAAAUCAAACAACUAUUCUGGUCCCCUUCUUUCGUCCCUUCAAACUCUUUCGCUCCCUUUCUCUAACUUUCGAGACAAACCCAAUUCCCGCAUCAACCACAAUGCCAUUUCCAAAUCUCUUUCUUCCUUCUCCCUUCCCCCAAACUCUCACUUCAAACGUCAGCUUUGGAACCCUAGAGUCUCAGAAAAUGAAGCUUCCGUCUUGGGAGGCCACGAAGAGGACACCAAUGCUUCGCAGGGAUUUGAGGAUUUGGCAACCGAUGGACCCGUUUAUAGGAAGACACUGAGACUGGUGGAGUGUUCCAUGUUCGCAGCUGUCUCUGGUUUAGCUUAUUUUUUAAGUAAUUCCCUUGCAAUUGAGAACUAUGUCGCUUGUUUCUUCUCGUUGCCGAUAGUGAUCUCCUCAAUGAGAUGGGGUAUUGCAGCUGGUAGAAAAACUAUGGUGGCUACUGCUGUGUUAUUACUUACCUUGUCAGGUCCAGUGAAGGCAUUAACCUAUCUGCUUAUGCAUGGAUUAGUUGGUCUUACCCUGGGUUCUCUAUGGAGGCUAGGGGUGAACUGGGGCCUCUCAAUCCUCUUUUGCACACUUGUUCGAGCCAUGGGUGCCAUGGGGUAUGUCCUAAUAUCCUCAUUCUUGAUAAGAGAAAAUAUACUUGCUCUGAUAACAAUAAACAUCCAUGCUUCUCUUACCUACAUACUUACAGCCAUAGGUGUAAAUACAAUUCCAUCGAUGGAUGUCAUAUAUGCUAUAUUCGGGACCUUGCUUUUGCUGAACUGUGGGUUCUUUGUAUUCUUGCUUCACAUUCUGUAUGCUGUAUUCCUUAGCAGACUUGGGAUGAAAGCUUCUUUGUCGCUUCCAAAAUGGCUAGAGAAGGCAAUAUGAGUACUUCGCUCUUUUUGGAGGUGUUCGAGAAUUGGAAGAACAAUGAAGGCAAUAUGAAUGCUGUUGAUGCAGGUGUAAUUGUUGUUUACAUCUGUCUUCCAACGUUACCGAAUAAUUCUCAUUCUGUCUAUACUCUAUAGGCAGAGCUUGAGAUCAAACUCUCAUCAACACCGGUGACAAUUUCUCUACCUGUUCACUCUAUUCGGUGAUUAUUAUUAUAUUCAAGUCUUGAUUUCAUCAUAUCUUUUGUCAAUCUAUAUUAUUUUAUAAGAAACAUUGUCAUGUUUACUGUGUAAUCAUAACUGUAAUUGAUCAGUCAUCUCUAUAAAGAGAAAAAGUAUUUUUGUUGCCCCCUAAGAA